AUGGAAGCAAUCAACAAGAACAUAGUGUGUGACUUCUACAAGGCGUUGGCUGCCCACGACUCCGACAUGGUGCCACGACUCCUAUCUCCAAAUAUCGAUUGGUGGUUCCAUGGUCCGCCCGCUCAUAAGUACAACCUUAUGCAAUUGCUCACCGGUAGUCGUGUUUUAGAUGGUGAAGACUCUUACAAUCCUCACGUUGUCAUCGGUAUUGGGUCAGUGGUGAUAGCGGAGGGGUGUAACAUUCACGAGAACCAGAAAACCUAUUGGGUACAUGCGUGGACUGUCGAGAAUGGCAUCAUGACACAAGUGAGGGAGUAUAUAGACACAUUCGUUACUGUUAAUCGUAUCGACGAAUCUAGUAAUGUAUGUUUGUCUUCACCGCGAUCUCCUAAAUGUAAAAAUAUGUGGGAGAGUGAACUUGUUGACAAUGAUUGUGUACCUCGUCUUCUUCUAGUGAUUUAA